UCACGCUGUUGCCUCUCCGUGUAGCUUGUCUUUCUUUAACCGUGACAGCAACUUUAAUGCAGUUUGUCUCAGCGGUGUUUGUGGGUGUUUAAGAGACACUUCUGAAAAAAACAACUUAUAACAUAGAAAAGAAGAUGGCUUUACUGUUCUGCGAUGCCUUUUGGGGUACUGACUUUUCUGACCAGUCGGGUUAUGAGGCAAUAUUGCAGAGGUUACAAGAUGGCAGACACAUGUGCAAAGAUGUAGAAGAGCUUUUGAAAAUGAGAGCACUAGCGGAGGAGAAGUACGGUCGAGAUCUGGUGGCGAUUGCCCGGAAGGCUGAAGGUCAAACCGAGAUCGGAACAUUAAAGGCCUCGUUUGACAGAUUGAAAGCAGAAAUUGAGAAGACAGGAAACCUGCACAUCCAACUUUCUGAAAGGAUAAAAGAGGAAGUUCAGAAAAUAGAGGCGUUUCGAGAGCACCAGAGGGAACAGAGAAAAAAGCUUGAAGAGAUUAUUGAAAAACUUCAGAAGCCUAAGUUGCUGUUGCACAAGAAGACCAUGGAGUCAAAAAGGUUAUAUGAACAGAGGUGUAAGGAGGCAGAAGAAGCUGAGCAAGCAAUGGGGAAGAAGACAAAUGUGACAACCUCCACCCACCGGCAGUCAGAGAAGGUGAUGAACAGGGCCCGGCUAUGCAGGCAGGCAGCCAACCUGGCAGAAAAGCAAUAUAGAUGGAAUGUUGAUCAACUAGAGAAAACGAGCCAGGACUGGGAGAGUACGUACAGAAGUGCAUGUGAGGUGUUCCAGCAGCAGGAGUCUGAGCGCAUUAACAUCUUGCGCUGUCUUUUAUGGGAUCAUUGCAAUCUGCUGUCCAUGCAGUGUGUCCAGGAUGAUGAAUGCUACGAGGAAGUAAGAAGGAUUUUAGAGCAGUGUGACAUCAUCACUGAUAACAACUUCUUCAUUAAAAUGAAAAAGACGGCCUGUCGUCCUCCAGCUCUCAUUGAAUUUCAGAGUUUCUCUGACUUGGACGCUAAUGGAGCAGUCAGAAGGGUUGAACCAAAGAGAUUAUCUCUCAUGCUCCCAGACAUGUCUUUAAGUGCUAACCCAGAAGCAGGCAGUAAUUCAGCUGGAUCAUACACAUCUGCUCAACAAACGAGAGAAGGACCUGAGAAAUACAUGGUGGUCUAUGAUUUUAAAGCUCAGGAAGAUGAUGAGCUGUCUAUCAGUAAAGGACAAAUUGUCACAAUCACUGAGAAAGGUGAGGAUGGAUGGUGGAAAGCGUGGAGGGAUGGAAUAUCCGGGCUAGUCCCUGGAACAUACUUGAAAAAAAUCUCACAGCAGAGUCCCAGGAUAAAUAUUGCUGCUGCUCAUCCUUAGCAUAAUCCCAUCAAAUAGAGUUUAGCAGUCAUUACACUAAGUCUGUGGAUAAGUUCAGCAUGCAAACUGAUGAUUGUAGGGUUGUAUCAGUGUAGCAAUCUAGCAGUCUAUCAUACUAGCUGUAUGGAAGACAUUAGCUUUUUUGACAGGCACCUUUAGGUUUUUUUUAAACUAUAAGUGAAUAUAAACCAUUAUAAAAGUUGUUUGUAUAAUGGUUCUGAUCUUGAUUCAGUUUAAUCCAGUUUUUACCAUGAUGUAUAGUUAGGAAUUAGGACUUGUAUUAGAAUUAUAUAUUAAAAUUAUAAAUUAAAAAAAUUAUAACAUUGUAUUUUUUUAUAUGUCUGUACUGUAAUAUGUAUAAAUAGAACACUUGUAUAGUAAAAUGUAUAAAUUUAGUAUUGUUAACUUUGUAAUAUUGCUAUAAUUUAUCAAAGCUUAUUUGUCUGAUAGAUGUUGAGAAAAAAGGACACAAAAUCCAUAUGCCUCAGCAAUGCAUUCAGAAAUGUAAAUGCAUUAAAUUUAUGAUUAAAUACAAAUGGACACCAAAUCAA